GCGCUCAGCGGGCCCGCGUUCGACUGCACGGCGAAGGCGCAGGUGGAUCCGCAGCCAGGCCGCCGACGGCGCCGCCCGGCGCCCGGGCCACGCAGGAGGCAGACUGAACACCAUGAUGUUACACCGCCAAGCGUGUCGUCAACAUCCAGGACAUCCGAGGCGGUGGACACGAAGUUCAUUAAGGAGGGCCUCCUGGGCUUCGCCAGGGGGAGCGGGCUGGCCUGGAAGUACUGCAUACUCGA